AUGUUCAUGUUCACGUUCUCCAGGCCUUGGUCAAGAACUUGCUCCAAACAAGUUAGAUCUUUUACCACUACCAAUCCAAGAUCCGAGAUCUUAGACAUCAGGAGUUUACCGGAUAGAUUCGUUCCUAGAUAUCAUAGAGCCAAAGAGAGUGAUUUGCUCUCUUUACAAUGGCCUUCACCUCCUCGCAAUCUCUUGAUCAUAAAGAAGGAUCGUGCUCCAGCCGUCACCGAGGCUCUAUUUGAAUAUGUCAAACAUAUACACUCGAACUACAAAAAUGCAGCUCUCAUUUUUGAGCAAAAGGUGGCAGAGAGUAUACACAAUUCUUUGACAUUUCCAGUAUAUACCACUGACGUUCCAUCUCUCUUCCCAUCUAAGGUUGACAUGGUAACGACACUUGGUGGAGAUGGAACAAUCCUACAUGCGUCGUCUCUUUUCAGCACAACCCGCCAUGUUCCUCCAAUUCUUUCCUUUAGCAUGGGUACCCUGGGAUUCCUAGGAGAAUGGAAGUUCGCUGAAUAUAAGCGAGCCUUCCGAGAAGUCUAUAUGUCGGGAGCGGCUGCAGGGUCUCAUCUCUUUCAAGACGAGAUGCAUCCUCAUAUCCAAACUUCGACGUCAGAAAAGACUGAUGAUAUGUCUGGAUGGUCGAGUGUUAGAGGCAAGUCGAUGGGGUCAACCAGGGGCUCGAAAGUACUUCUCAGGAAUAGAUUGAAGGUCGAGGUCUUUGAUACAAAUGGUAAAAGUACGCGAGAGAGUGCAGAGGGAGAUGUGCAUGCCAUGAAUGAAGUUAUCAUCCAUCGAGGAAAAGAAGCACAUUUGGCUAUUAUCGAAGUUUUUGUCAAUAAUCAAUUUUUGACCGAGGCUGUUGCGGAUGGUAUGAUCAUUUCUACACCAACGGGGAGUACGGCAUAUAGUUUGAGUGCUGGUGGUAGUAUAGUUCAUCCACUCGUGAGCAGCCUUCUUCUAACUCCGAUCUGUCCGAGGAGUCUUUCAUUUAGACCUCUUGUUGUACCUGCAAACACGCCGAUCAAACUUCGAUUAAGUGAUAAGAAUCGAGGAAGGGAAUUGGAGGUUAGUAUCGACGGGCAAAGACGAAACAUAGGAGUUGGCGUCGGCAUGGAAAUAAGAGUUCAGGGCGAGGAAAUGAUGAAAGGUAGCAACGAAUGGGGUGGAGGUGUUCCAUGUGUCAUGAGAGGGCCUAAAAGUGGCAUGAAGGAUGAUGACGGCUGGGUUGGAGGCUUGAAUAGCCUGCUGAAGUUUAACCAUCCUUUUGGCGAACAAUAA